UGCUUCUUGAAACCUUAUGAAUGGAUUACUAGCAGCUGAGAGCCAGGAGAGACCUAUAGGGGAUGCAAGAUCACUUACACACUAAAAGGGGGAGAAGAGCAGGCGGAAUCCUUCUUCCUUGCUGUUAUCCCUCCUUCCUGAAAUGAAUGGGACCUACAAGACUCCCAGGAGGUGAAGUCGAGGGCUGUCAGACUCACUUGGUUAGGAGAACAGCAGACUGACAACCAGGAGAACUUUACAGAGACUUAGAACAUACCAACAAGUUGGAAGGGGAUUAAAAAAAGCCUUCAAGAAUCAACAACCCUGAACUCCAAGCUGAGGGCAAGAAUCUAACCUGCAAGAGUGGACUGGAAGCUGGAUGGGGACCUGACUGAGGACAUCUGGAGAGUGAAAGUUAAGUACCAGCUUGGGUUUCUGUAACCCCAGAUUCUUUGCAUUUUUCAUCAAUAACUGUUGAAUUUUGCAUCUCUAUAUAAAGUUUUCCUAGCCACUUGUUUUAAGGUGAACAUAUUUUGGACUAAGGGCUACAACAAGAAAAGGUAACAUCUAGGGAAGGAAGAAGAGAAAGAAAUGAAAAUUAGCAAAUGAGAUUAUCUUGAAUGACCUUAGGUAGCCAAGGGUAGGUGUUUGUGAGUGUGUAUUUGAGAGAAUUUGGCUUAUGUCAUAUUCUUCUAGUAUCAGAGAGGGGAGGAAUUAUUGAGGAAGGAAGAAAAAGAAAAAGAAGAAACCUGAGCUGCUGGGAAGACAUUCAAAGGAAACAAGAGCAAUUAACUUCAUUCUGCAAGGACUAAAACAGAGGUAGAAGAGAAGUUAAAGGAGCAGAGUGAGGGGCGCAUACACAGUAGGAGCAGCACAGAAGCCAGGCUGCACAGUCUCCAUCACAGGUGGCCAGAAGAGGUACUCUUUUGAGGCUACUUGGAAAAGUUUGGCUUGUGAGCAAAACAGUUUCCCCGGUGACUGCAAGUCCACUGCUAAUCAUCUCUGUCUCCUCUCUCCAUCACUCUGGUGUGGUACCCAGAAAUUGACUUCUGGUUCCAUAGGGAGAGCUGUGGGAGGCAUGAUGUGUUUAAAGGUUCUGAGACUAAGCCUGGUGAUCCUGGCUGGAUGGGCGUUCAACACUACCAACUCUGAGCUAGGCUGGACUGGCAAGAAAUCCGUGGCUCAGAGGGGACACCUGAAACAGGUGCUGUCAGAAGGAGAAUAUUGUUGGCUGGGGGCUAAGGUUCAAAGACCUAGAGCUGCUUCCCAGCAUCACCUCUUUGGGAUCUACCCCAGCAGUCCUGGGAACUACCUGAGGCCCUUCCCUGUGGGGGAGAGGGGAGCUCAUCACGCAGGACACCGUAAAGCAGAUGCUGAGGGAAAGGCUGCAAGCCACGUUUCCCAAGACCUGACUGAAAAUACAGCAGGAGUGAGGAGGGAGGUUGAGCAGCCAGCUGCCCCGUGGGCAGAGGAUGGUCCUAUUGGGCAAUCUGAGCUGCUGGAAGAUGAUGACACUUAUCUUGGCAACCAGGGAUCCAAGGAGCCUCUAGGUGAGGCUGCAUUGCGGAAAAGCUUGGCCAGAGUCACCAUUACCACCUUUUCAGACCUAAAGGGUCCUGAAGCAGACACCCAGAGCAAAGGCUGGGCCAAGACCAGGCGUCCUCGGCAAGUGGUGAAGAGGCAGGCAAAAGAUAUGGCUGGAGACCCCAAUACCUCUCACUGGCAUUUCCAGGAUUGGUCUAAGGACCCCCUUACACACAGGGCUCAAAGCAGUCCAUUGGAGGACAGCAUCCAAAAUGGUGGAGGGAGCCCGGACUGGGAAACUGAGACCUUUAACCUCCAAGGAGGACUGCCUGUUUUGUACUUCUCUGGGAGGCGGGAGCGGCUGCUGCUGCAUCCAGAACUGCUGGCUGACAUUCCCAGGGAGGCAUUCACAGUGGAAGCCUGGGUGAGACCGGAGGGAGGACAGAACAACCCAGCCAUCAUUGCAGGUGUGUUUGAUAACUGCUCCCACACAGUCAAUGACAAGGGCUGGGCCCUGGGCAUCCGCUCAGGGAAGGACAAGGGAAGGCAAGAUGCUCGCUUCUUUUUCUCCCUCCGCACCGACCGCAUGAAGAAAGCCACCAUUGUGACUGGCCACAGUCGCUACCAACCAGGCAUGUGGACACAUGUGGCAGCCACUUAUGAUGGACGGCGCAUGGCCCUGUAUGUGGACGGCACUCAGGUGGCUAGUAGUCCAGGCCAGUCUGGUCCCCUGAACAGUCCUUUCAUGGCAUCUUGCCGCUCCUUGCUCUUGGGUGGGGAUAGCUCUGAGAAUGGGCACUGUUUCCGUGGACACCUGGGCACACUGGUCUUCUGGUCCACUGCCCUGUCACAAAGCCACCUCCAGCACAGUCCCCCACAUGCAAGCAGGGCAGAGGAGUUGGCCACCUUGGUCCUGACAGCCAGUUUUGAUCCUCUGAAGGAACAGUGGACACCUUUCAGGGAUGAGAAAUAUCCCCGGCUUGAGGUUCUCCAGGGGUCUGGGACAAAGCCUGAGAUUCUGUCACCUCUGCAGCCCCCACUUUGUGGGCAGACAGUUUGUGACAAUGUGGAGCUGAUCUCUCAGUACAAUGAGCACUGGCCCCUGAGGGGAGAGAAAGUGAUCCAGUACCAGGUGGUGAAUAUCUGUGAUGAUGAGGGCUCGUAUCCCAUAGUGAGCGAGGCACAGAUCCAGAAGCAGCACGAGGCCCUGAAUGAGGCCUUCAGCCGCUACAACAUCAGCUGGCAGCUGAGCGUCCACCGGGUCCUCAACUCCACUCUGCGCCACCGGGUUGUGCUUGUGAACUGUGAGCCCAGCAAGAUUGGAAAUGAACACUGUGACCCCGAGUGUGAGCACCCGCUCACAGGCUAUGACGGAGGUGACUGCCGCCUGCAGGGCAGCUGCUACUCCUUUAACCGCAGGGAUGGGAUCUGUCAUGCUGCCUGCAACAACAUGCUGAAUGACUUCGAUGAGGGGGACUGCUGUGAUCCUGAGGUGACAGAUGUGCGCAAGACCUGCUUUGAUCCGGACUCACCCAAGAGGGCAUACAUGAGUGUGAAGGAGCUAAAGGAGGCCUUGCAGCUCAACGGCACCCAUUUCCUCAAUGUCUACUUUGCCACCUCAGUGCGAGAAAAUCUUGCAGGUGCUGCCACCUGGCCUUGGGAGAAAGAAGCUGUCACUCAUCUGGGAGGUGUUGUCCUCAACCCAGCCUUUUACGGCAUGCCAGGCCACACCAACAUCAUGAUCCACGAAGUGGGGCAUGUCCUGGGACUCUAUCACGUCUUUAAAGGGGUCAGUGAGAGGGACUCCUGUGAUGACCCCUGCAGGGAGACGGUGCCAUCGAUGGAGACAGGAGAUCUCUGUGCCGAUACUGCCCCCACGCCCAAGAGCAAGCUGUGUCAGAUCCCAGAACCUGCCAAUGACACCUGUGGCAUCACCCACUUCCCAGGGGCUCCAUUCAACAACUACAUGAGCUACACAGAUGAUAACUGCACUGACAGCUUCACCCCUAAUCAAGUGGCACGGAUGCAUUGCUAUUUGGACCUUGUAUAUCAGCAAUGGAGUCAAAGCAGAAAGCCCACUCCCAUUCCUAUCCCACCCAUGGUCAUUGGUCAGACCCCCAAGUCCCUCACUAUCUACUGGCUGCCUCCUAUUAGCGGAGUUGUAUAUGACAGGCCCCCAGGCAGCACGUGUGGCUCCUGCUCUGAAGAUGGGACAUUCCGUCAGUAUGUGCACUCUGCUUCCUCCGCGCGGGUAUGUGACUCCUCAGGCUACUGGACUCCAGAGGAGGCUGUGGGGCCUCCUGAUGUGAAUCAGCCCUGUGAGCCAAGCUUACAAGCCUGGAGUCCUGAGCUCCACCUCUACCACAUGAAUAUGACAGUGCCCUGCCCUGCAGAGGGCUGUAGCCUGGAGCUGCUCUUCCAACAUCCGGUCCAAGCUGACUCCCUCACCCUCUGGAUCACUUACCUGUCCAUGGAUUCCUCCCAGGCACUGUUUGACACAGAGAUCUUGCUGGAAAACCAGGAGUCUGUGCACCUGGGCCCCUUAGACACCUUCUGCGACACACCUCUCACCGUCAAACUGCACGUGGAUGGAAAGGUCUCAGGGGUAAAAGUCUACACACUUGACGAGCGGAUGGAGAUUGAUGCUGCCCUCCUGACUUCUCAGCCUCAUAGUCCUUUGUGUUCUGGCUGCAAGCCUGUGAGGUACCAGGUUAUCCGGGAGCCUCCCUUUGCCAGUGGCUCCCCCAUGGUGGUGACACAUCCUCACAGGAAGUUCAUGGACAUGGAAGUCACACCUGGACAAAUGUAUCAGUACCAAGUUCAGGCUGAAGCUGGAGCAGAACUAGGAGAACCUUCACCUCCUCUGAGCCACAUCCAUGGAGCUCCUUACUGUGGAGAUGGGAAGGUGGAAAAGAGCUUGGGAGAAGAGUGUGAUGAUGGUGACUUGCUGGAUGCAGACGGAUGUUCAAGAGCAUGUAAACUAGAGGAAGGCUUCAACUGCGUGGGGGAGCCAAGCCUUUGCUACAGGUAUGGGGGAGAUGGGAUUUGUGAACCUUUUGAGAAGGAAACCAGCAUCGUAGACUGUGGCCUCCAUACACCCGAGGGAUACUUGGAUCAGUGGGCUAGCCAGGCUUCCUCCUCUCAUGAAGACAAGAAGAAGUGUCCUGUUUCCCUGGUAACUGGAGAACCUCAUUCCAUGAUUUGCUCCUCAUACCAUCCAGAUCUACCCAAGCACCACCCCUUUGCUGGCUGGUUUCCCUGCGUCACCAGUGGAAAAAGGCCUCAGGACGAAGGAAGUGAGCAGUCAGAAGGUAGCCUGGAGAAGGAGAAUGAAGUCUGGCUCAAAGUGUGUUUUAAUAGACCUGGAGUUGCCACAGCAAUUUUCAUUUUCUUGACAUCUGAUGGCCCGGCCCCUGGGAAGCAUCAGCAGCCAACAGUAACUCUGUAUCUGACUGACAUCAGUGGAAACAACCACUCUCUUGGAACUUAUGAACUGUCAUGCCAGCAUAACCCACUGGUUAUCAAUGUGACACCUGAUUCAAAUGUCCUCGCCCACCGUACCACCUCCGUGCUGCUGAAUUUCUCAUCCCAUUUGGUGGGCAUCUCAGCGGUGGCUCUAAGGACAUCCUCCCACAUCAGUCUUUCAGCUCCCAACAACUGUGUUCCAGAACAUGAGGGGCAAAAGCAUCAGGGACAGAGCUGUGUCCAGAGGCCCUGCGGGAAGCCGAUCAACUGUGUGCCACUGAUGCUUGAACACACGGACAUGGUGAACUGUACCUCUAGCAGCCCAGGUCACAUGAAGUGUGCUAUCACCUGUCAAAGGGGAUUUGCCCUUCAGACCAGCAGUGGGCAGUACCUCAGGCCCAUUCAGAAGGAGAUUCUGCUCACGUGUUCUGGUGGGCUCUGGGACCGGGACGUGGGCUGCGUGCCUCUUGACUGUGGCAUCCCUGACCCAUCUUUGGUGACCUACGCAAACUUCUCCUGCUCAGAAGGCACCGACUUCCUGAAACGCUGCUCCAUCUCUUGUUUGCCACCAGCCAAGCUUCAAGGACUGAGCCCAUGGCUGACCUGCCUUGAAGAUGGGAUAUGGUCACUUCCUGAAGUCUACUGCAAGGUGGAAUGUGAAGCUCCCCCUGUCAUUCCAAAUUCCAACUUGCUCCUGCCUCACUGUGUCCGGGGUAACCAUGAUGUCGGCACCGUCUGCAGAUAUGAAUGCAAGCCGGGCUACUAUGCGGUGGAAAGGACAGGGAGGAAAGUUAGGAACAAGAUCCUGAAGAUACAGUGCCUAGAAGGUGGGAUCUGGGAGCAAGGCAGCUGCAUGCCAGUGGAGUGUGAGCCUCCUUCUCCUGUGUUUGAAGGCAUGUAUGAGUGUACCAACGGCUUCAAUCUGGACAGCCAGUGUGUGCUUCACUGUAACCAGGAAAGUGAAAGGCUUCCCAUUGUCUGCACUAAAGAGGGACAGUGGACACCAGAGUUCAAGUUGUGUGAGAACCUUCAAGGGGAAUGCCCUCCACCCACCUCAGAGCUGGAUUUCCUGGAGUACAAGUGUGAACAGGGAUAUGGGAUUGGUGCCAUGUGUUCCCUGUCAUGUAUAAUCCCCCCUAAUGAUCCCGUCAUGUUGCCAGAGAACAUCACUGCUGACAAGCUGGAGCACUGGAUGGAACCUGUCAAAGUCCAGAGCAUUGUGUGCACCGGGCGGCGUCAAUGGCACCCAGACCCUCUCCUGAUCCACUGCAUCCAGUCCUGUGAGCCUUUCCAAGCAGAUGGUUGGUGUGACACCAUUAACAAUCGCGCCUACUGCAAUUAUGAUGGGGGAGACUGCUGCUCUUCCACACUCUCCUCCAAGAAGGUGACUCCAUUUGCUGCUGACUGUGACCAGGAUGAAUGCACCUGCCGAGACCCCAAGGCGGAAGAAAAUCAGUAGCUGUGGGACUGGACUCCUCUCUCAUCUGCCCUGGAGGCAGUCAGAGAGAGAAGUUUCUGAGGAAGGAGACAAAGGGUGAAGAAGGAAGAAAGGUCACAGAAUUCAGGAAGUAGACAGUGUGAAGGAUCUUUUCACAAAUGCAAGCGUAUAUUUAUAGGUGCCAACAAAUGCAUCCAGUAGCUCAAAUAGGGAAGAAUGAUAGCAACACUUUCUUUAAUGUGGCGAUUGAUUAACAGAGAAGGGAGAGAUGUGAUGGAUAAACAAGGACCCUCCUCCCAUCUGUAUUCUACUCAACCCCAUCCUCAGCUCUUGCUCUACUCCCCACUGUGUACCUUGUCAACUACUCAGCCUCACCCAGUGAGCAAACCAUUAUCAAAAUACUAGAAGAGAAGUUGCCAGGGUCACUCUGUUAAUAACCAUUUCAAAUGGGCUGUCAUCUUUCAGGGCUUGUCUGCUCUAAUUGGCCCUUCCCCUUUCUUUUAUGUAGUCUCUCUUAAAUAAUGAGGUUAGUUAUUAAUUCUUUAUAAGUAUUUAAACAUAAUUAUAUAAAUAUAUUAUAUAUUAUAUUUUUUGCUGUUUACUAAGCUAAAAAUUAUCCGUUGUUCCACACAUGCUGCUGUGAAGUUCAAGUCCAAGGUGGAUGUUAAGGCUUUGAGAACAGAAAGUCAAUUUCUCCUGCCAUCUUCUUAUGAGUAGGGAUUGGCAGGUUGAAUGGGAAAUGGAGAAAGAACCAGGAAGAGAUAAACGUGGAAUUCUGAAUGCUAACAUGUCAGCCAACCAUCUGUGUGACUUGGGAACCAGUCAAAAAGAUAGCAGGAGGUGAUAGUUGGAAUGACAAUACCAAGAAAAACAGAAAGUUGGGUGUUAGUGCCCCAUGGCUGAUGGGUCCAGAAGAACUAGAAAAUGAUUUUUGAAUAUCUACCAAAAAAGAAUUUGUUAACAUCUCCCAACUUCUUAGAACUCUCAGCUGGAAUUGGUGAGACCCAGGGUUUUCUCCACUCCCAUAUGUAGCUAUUCCAGGCACGGCUGUCAGCCCCCGAGUCAGUGAGCAAGUUUGCAUGAAGGUUCAUUCUCUGAGUACCUGGAUCAUAGGAGCUAACACAUUCUUCACACUUAGCCUGUGGUCUCUCUCCUUGUCAGAAGCCCCAGUGCCUGGCCAUCAGUCACAACCACAUCGCCAGUUGUUUAUUUUCUGAGGAGUAAUGUUUUGGAAAUGACAUGGGAGAAAGAUGGGAAGAGAUGAAAAAACAAGCAAGAGUGGAGGAGCCAAAGGAGGUCACAGAGAGGUAGGAGGUCAGGGAUAAAUCAGGGCUGAGAAAGAGCAUGGCACGAGUCCAGGAGACUCAAGUCCAAAGCUCCAAAGAAGACGUUUGAGCAAUGCAGGGUCUGAGGUGAAUUCUAUGCAAGAGUAAUGCAUACAAUCUGUGCCCCAGAGAUUUGAGUUUGGGCAAGCUCUGGAAAUACAUGGAGCAAGGGUGACACUCUGUGGGAAGAAAGAAGAAUUUCAGCUGUGUAGGAUCCAUUUUGUUAUCUUUACUCCUCAGUCAGCAGAGGGGCUGCACUAGAAGUGAACAGAUUAAUCCUUCCUCUCUCUGUAUCUCAGACUCAUUUUUAUUUUUUUGCAUGUGGUCUUAUUGCAGUCUUCUUGUAAGUUUCUGGAUUAGGCCUUAGGGGAAAAAAGAAAGGGUGCAACUUUGCACCCUGUCUUAUCAUCUUAGGAGGGACCAAUGAGCCUCAUUUCCUUCAACGUUAGUUCUCCAAUGGAAAACAAGAGCAGUAAAACCUAGAGCUCAGCUUCGAUCUCUCUGUGUCAUCUGCUCUUCACUCUGACUAGUUUUUCUACUCUUCCCUUCUACGUGGAAGAAAUGGCUUUGCAAGAAGGAAAAGAAAAUAUUAUGCAUUACCGACAAAAUAGUACCCACACUAUUCUGUAGGAAAGGAUGUUAUUCUAGAAUUAAAUUAUGAACAUAUGGUUUUACACCUUUUUAUCUGUACUUGCAGUGAGGACAGCAAAGUCACUGGGGAAAAGGCAGAGCAAAGUUUGCCCAUCUGAAAUCUCUUGCCCUCCAUAUCUGGCCAUAGGGGAAACUACAUGCUAACUAACAUUCAUUGUCUGGGUCACAUUUAGUGGCCCAGAGCAGACAAGAAGCAUUUAUUUCUGGGAUCCUAAUAGGACAUAAAAUGGAAAGGACAGUGGAAAAGUUUAGAGUCUCUAUUUUUAAAAAAACAAAAAUGAAAAAAACACAUUGUAAAAUUGUUUUCUUGGGGAACAAAUCCAAAUUCCUGGGCAUGUGUCAAGCUCUGCCUUGGGCAAUCCUGCCUCCGAUUGAGGGACGAGAAGAGCUCUCCUAGACAUUGCCCAGUUCAGGAAGGCUACGGGUUCCCCAAGAACACAGAACCUGUGGUGGGUGCCCACCCGUGUGUGUCUCUGUUCAGUCUCUGCAUAAGAGUAAGAAGGACCACAUCCCUGUGUUGUCCUUCAUUUUAAAAUAUCUUGCGCUGUACUGACAACAUGUGCAGUUCACAGCUGCUCUGGAAAAGACUAGAGGACAGUUCUUGUUGUGUGGGGAAAGCCCAUCAGGCUGAGAGCCACUCAGCUAGAGCUAGCUACAGACAUUCAUAGGUGGCAUGUUCUUUCAGUCCUUGUCCCCAAGUCCGAGUGUUUUGAGGAACUCAAGCCACUCACAAAGUCAAAGGAUUAAGACAUCAUGGUCACAGAUUCCAGGGGCAACAGCCUACACUUGUUCUGUGCAGUGACCUGUAUUCUUCUGGUCUUAUCCACUCUCAGAGCCAUUGAGGGUCUUUCCCACAGCUCGUCUGUCUCUUUGUUUCCAAUCUCUUCAAUCUUUUCUUUUUUCUAGUAAGUAAGGGGUCUGGUGUUCAUGUUGCCUGGGGGUGGCUGACUCUGCUCACUGGCUCUACAGCUUCCAAUCAAAGAGACACAGAAGAGAUGUCUCAGUGAGGAGAACUGGUAGCUCAAUGAAAUAAGGAAGCACAAAGCUAUUGAGGCGGGGGGAUCUCUCCUUCCCUUUCCUCCAUUACAAAGCGUUGGACUUGGCACUUCUGUGCGAUCGCUAUUGAGUGUGUCAGUUAGCACCCAAGGGGAUAGUUUGAUUGAAAAUAUAGUGAAAGAAGCUGAUCUACUGUAUUGUAACGUAAAACAGCUAUAGCCAGUUAUUUUGUAAGAUUAUAAGAUGUUCAUUAAAAAAAUCUGCACAUAAAA